AUGAUCACAGAAUUUUUCUUAUUUGGAUUUGGAAACCUUCAGAGUUAUAAAAAUCUAUUUUUUGCCAUGUGUCUGCUCGUCUACAUCAUGGUGCUUACAGGAAAUGUUCUUGUCAUCAUCUUGGUGGCAGACAAUCAAAGCCUUCAUUUGCCCAUGUAUUUCUUCCUCAGCCAACUGUCUUUGACUGAAAUCAUUUUCACUACAAAUAUUGUGCCCAAUAUGCUCAGGCUGAUAUUGGGAGGUGGAGGGACCAUGUCUGUGAUUGGAUGUAUCACCCAGUUCUACCUUCUUUGCGUCCCUUCUAUUAAUGAGUGUUUGCUUUUGGCUGCCAUGUCCUACGAUCGUCAUGUCGCCAUUUGUAAUCCAUUGCGUUAUACUUCUAUUAUGACUCUCAAUGUGCAGCUAUUGAUUGUCUUCCUUUGCUGGUUCUCAGGAUUCAUGAUGUCUCUUCUCAUCUUUGUUUUUGUAUAUAAGUUAGAAUUCUGCAGUUCCAACAUCAUCAACCAUUUCUACUGUGAUAUUGCUCCUCUCCUAGAAUUGUCCUGUUCAGACACCUUCUCUGUAGAACUGGUCACCUCUGUGGCUUCUAUGCUCGUUGUCCUUUCGCCAUUUCUGUUCAUUAUCAUUGCUUACAUCUCAGUCUUCCUCACCAUCCUCAAGAUCCCCUCAAGCUGUGGGAGGCAGAAAGCGUUCUCUACUUGCAGUUCCCACCUGGCUGUUGUGUGUAUGUAUUAUGGUACGCUGAUAACUAUUUAUAUAUAUCCACCUGCAAAUCAUUCACUGAAUGCUAAUAAGGCUCUUUCCUUAUUGUACACUUUAGUGACCCCAUUUUUCAACCCAAUUAUCUACAGUUUGAGGAAUCAAGAUAUAAGAAGAGCCCUAUAUAAAUCUUUUCAGAAAUUGAGUCAAAGACUGGUGUUUAAAUAA